CUCAUUCAUCAUGAGCUGUAUCCUUAUCAAGCUAGCCGUUAGCUUCACGCGCUAACCAGUGCUAUGUGUUGGUUAUGAAUCGAUAAGUCGGUCGUAACGUCACUUACAUAACCCUAUCUAUUUAGUCGUAAUACUAGUUAAUGAAUGUUUCUCAUUUGAACGAGACUAUCCGUCCUGGUGUUCUGUGAACUAAUGUUAACGUCUCAUGUUAUGGGAGAUACACGGAGGUCAGACGAGCUGUCAACAGUAAUGUCCGAGAAACGAUCGCGCUGCCGCUUUGACAGCUGCGUGUUGAUGUUACAGCACUGAUUAACUUAAAAGUGAAUCAUGCCUGGGAAACUGAAGGCCAAAAUUGUAGCUGGGCGCCACUUGCCUGUGAUGGACAGAGCCAGUGACCUGACUGAUGCUUUCGUAGAGGUUAAGUUUGGAAACACAACUUUCAAAACCGACGUCUGUCACAAAUCCCUCAAUCCACAAUGGAAUUCAGAAUGGUUCAAAUUUGAGGUUGACGAUGAGGACUUGCAGGAUGAGCCAUUGCAGGUCACAGUUUUGGACCACGAUACUUACAGUGCUAACGAUGCCAUAGGGAAAGUUUACAUUGACAUUGACCCGCUGCUGUGCAGUGAGGCUGCCUCUGUCAUCUCUGGCUGGUUUCCCAUCUAUGAUACAAUCCACGGUAUCCGCGGCGAGAUCAAUGUCCUUGUCAAAGUGGAGCUUUUCAACGAUUUGAACCGCUUCAGACAGUCCUCCUGCGGGGUCAAGUUCUUCUGCACCACAUCCAUUCCAAGGUGCUACAGGGCGGCGGUGGUGCACGGGUUUGUGGAGGAGCUUGUGGUGAAUGAAGAUCCAGAGUACCAGUGGAUCGACCGCAUAAGAACACCCCGGGCCUCCAAUGAGGCCCGGCAGAGGCUCAUCUCUCUUAUGUCCGGAGAGCUGCAGAGGAAAAUAGGGCUAAAGGUAUUGGAGAUGGGCGGGAAUGCAGUGGUGGGCUACUUGCAGUGUUUUGACCUGGAGGGAGAGUCGGGUCUGGUAGUCCGGGCCAUAGGUACUGCCUGCACACUGGACAAACUCAGCUCUGGGAGCGCCCCCAACACCAACACACACAUGCACCCGAACACAGCCCCCACUUCCAAUGCCUGCAAUUCCCCUUCCAAGGAUGGAAAGGAGCCGGUAUUUGGUGAGGACCUGACCUCGUCCUCCGGCCCGCCAACCCCUUUCAGAGCCCUUCCCACCACCUCCUCCUCUCCUCCCCCCUUCUCUCCCUCCAAGCCAUGCAGCCGCCAGUCCUCAUCAUCAGACACAGACCUCAGUUUGACGCCCAAGACGGUGGAGCCAGUGAGAUGCAGGCCGGGGAUCUUCCUCUGCCCCAGCUCCCCCACCCUCUCCACAGACACUCUGUCCCUUGCUGGUUCUGGCUCAGUGGGCUGUGGUCACAGCUCUGCUCCCAGAGCCACCACCCCGCCCCCUCCCUCCACCGCCCACUCAGACUCUGUCUUGCUGAGAAAGAGCGUGUCCUUCACCGAGGACCUGCUGCUGGCAGCCUCCGGAAUGGGCAGUGGGGGCAGCGUCGGGAAGGAGGCGGGGCCUCUGAAGACCCUGCUGAGACAGCAGACGCAGACGGCUCUAGAGCAGAGGGGAGCGACCUCCUCUGGGUUAUUGUUAGACGCCAGGGAGUUCCCCUUCUUCACUCUGGCGUCUUUUCCACCUGGGUUUCUGGUUCAUGUCGGUGGAGUGGUCAGCGCUCGCUCUGUCAAACUACUGGACCGUAUUCACAACCCCGCCUUGGGUAACACACGCUCAUACAAACUGCUAGACUGGAAUAGUCUAGUCACUGCAGAUGAGCCGGAGACUCGCGACGCCUGGUGGGAGGAGAUUCGCCAGGAGAUCAAAUCUCACGCCAAAGCUCUUGGUUGCCAUGCUGUUGUGGGCUACAGCGAGAGCACUAGCAUCUGCGAGGAGGUGUGUAUCCUGUCAGCAGCGGGCACAGCGGCCAUCUUGAAUCCUCGGUAUAUGCGUGAAGGCUGCCUAGACAUCGGAAUUGCCGACCACAGGUUUGAGGAGCCGUCUCCCCCGAGCUGUGGCUUCUGCCACAUCCCGUAUGAUGAGCUCAACAUGCCCUUUCCCGCCCAGCUCACCUACUGUUACAUCUGCAGGCGACAGAAGGUUCCCGAUGUGCUGUUCACAACAAUCGACCUGCCACCAGAAGCGGCUGUUACGGGAAAGGGCUGCCUGAUCCAGGCCAGACUGUGCCGUCUGAAAAAGAAGGCUCAGGGCGAAGUGAACGCGACGGCCAUCUCCAACCUGCUGCCUUUCAUGGAGUACGAGCUGCACACUCAGCUGAUGAACAAGCUGAAGCUGCGGAGCAUGAACUCUUUGUUCGGCUUACACAUACAGAUCAGUGUCGGAGAGAACAUGCUUCUGGGUCUGGCUUCUGCUACAGGAGUGUACCUAACAGCCCUGCCGGCACCAGGGGGCAUCCAGAUUGCGGGGAAGACUCCUGGUGACCUCAGCAAUGAGCACCACAUCCUCACCAUCCAGAAAAGGAUCAAUGACACCAUAGCCAAGAACAAAGAGCUGUAUCAAAUAAACCCUCCGAAAUUAUUUGCCCUGGACCCUGAGGUAUUCUGCGGCAUAAACAUGGAGCUGACGGAGGAAGUGGUGGGUUCUCCGAUUCCUGAGCCGAGGCAACGCUCCAGACUUUUCCGCUCCCACUCAGAAAGCUCAGAUGAAGUGUCCGAACUGGACCUCUCCCAUGGCAAGAAGGAUGCCUUUGUCCUGGAGAUCGACGACACUGAUGCUGUGGAGGACAUCCACUCCCUCCUCACCGAUGCCCCGACCCCCACAGGUUUCUACAGCUGCAACACUGAGAUCAUGCCUGGGAUUCACAACUGGACUUCAGGAGUUCAGAUGUUUACAUCUGUGAGGGUCUUUAGGUUGAGUAAUGCCAAUCUUACUAACCAAGGCUUGAACAAGAUCUUCACUGACCUAUGUGAGAAUCUUCUAAAGAGUUUCUACUUCAAGUUGCGCUCUAUGAUCCCCUGCUGUCUGUGUCAGCUGAACUUCACUGUAGCAGUGCCAGAGGAAGAACUCAUACAGGUCGCAGUGACAGCGGUAGCCAUGACGUUUGACAAAGACCAGACUCAGGAGAAGACGGCGGACAAGCCCCCCACCAAAGGAGGCAGCGAGACCGAAGAGCAGCUGCAGUUUUCCAUGGAGUUAUGUGCAGACUCGUCAUCCGCCAACUGUCAGCCAACACCCAAAAUCCCAGGUUUCCCAGAGAGUACCAACGUCUCAUCCAGAGCUGCCUUCGUUGAUUACGGUUCCUUUGCAGACAGAUGCAGCACCUGGCUAGAGCUGCUUAGGCUGAAAGCUCACACCAUGAGACGGGGAUCAGUUAAGACAAGUAGGAGGACACAGUCUCUAGCACACUCUGUCUCAUCUUUGGAGCGCUGCAGUCCGCUGCCUGAGGGACGCUCGCGCUCGCUGCGGUCCAACCGCUCUUUCAGGGGAAGUUCCGUCACUGUGGUGAAGAUGACGCCGCUCUCCUUCCUCCCCGGGACACGCAUCAUUAAAUACCUCGGGAUCAUCAACAUGUUCUUUAUCAGGGAGACAACAUCGUUACGGGAGGAAGGGGGCGUCAGUGGCUUCCUCCAUACGUUCAUAGCAGAGGUGUUUUCGAUGGUUCGAGCCCAUGUAGCAGCCCUGGGUGGCAAUGCAGUGGUGUCUUACAGCAUGAAAGAGUGUAUGUUAAUGGAAAAUCCAAACAAGAACCAGGCUCAGUGUCUCAUUAAUGUGAGUGGUGAUGCCGUCAUCUGUGUCAGGGAAACGGACCCGGAGCCCGCUCCCUCAACGACAAAUAUCGGACAGACCUGCGCUAGUGCCACAGAUGAGCCGACAUGACAAUGAAACACAGAGCCUCACUUUGUCUGCAGGACACACAAUCUGAGUGAACAAGCUUUCUGAGUCUAGCCGUCCAAAUACGAGUUGUUUACGCCUGCCCUAAAACUCUGUAAUAGACCCACAGGUUUCAACGCAGGCAAUAAAGAACAAUUACUCUCAUACACUCAGAAAUAUGCAGUCUGGAUUAAUAUGGUAGUGCAUUUUGUUUUUUUUGUGCUUUUAAAGAGAAUAUUUGUGCAGAAGAUACUGAUGUUGCUCUUUGGGUAUUAGAUAAUCUGGGUAUUUCAAAAACAACAGCCGAAGGACCCUCUGUAUAUGUAUUACAUCCGUCCAUAAUGGGGCCACCGACAGCUACAGUAUGUUGGCCAUUCCUUUGUGUGUGGGCACAAGUGCGGCAGCUCUACAGAUCACAGGAGGAGUCAUUGAAGGGCCAUGCCAAAAGGGAUAUUGCAUGACAUUAGAUCAUUUAAAGUGGCCACAUAAUGACUAACAAAGCUGGUGCUCUUCCUUAAAAUAGAAAAGCCUCACUCGAGUGGAAAUGUUGAAUCAAAACAACUCAGAGAACCCCGUGAGGCCAUUUAGUUAUAAUUAUCUAUUUGUUAAUUGGUGUCCAGUUUUAAUGUCUAAAUUACAUUUUAUGCCGAUGGAUAAUCUUCCUACUUACUGUCACAGUAUUGCUCACAGGCAGUAUCCUAUAGGUGGUCAAAUGUCUGCAGAAAGUGUCAAAUAAUGAUCUCAUCCAUACUGAUAAUGGAAACAAAAAAGGCAAGGGUUACUGGCACAUGCAUGUAUUUUUGUAGGGCACGAAUAUUCCUUUCCAACAGCCAUCACUGUUUAUUCCAGUAAUUAUUUUUAUUAAUUCAACUAUUAGAGUUUUGUAAUGCUUUAUCUUAAAAUGCUCAGAUUAAAAGGCAUGUAUGCCUUUUAUUAACUUAUACAGGAGUGAGAGUGCAAAUGGUGAGGGGUAUAUUGGGUAAAAUGUGUCCCUGUGGGGUCUAGCACCAGGGUGGUUUCAUAGGAUAAAGUAUUAGAGAUGGUUUUGACUGAAUUAAACCGUAAGCAGUUUGUACUUCACUUGCAGCUCUGGGAUCAGUUCCGCUUCUAGAUGCUUCUUGCUGUCUGUUAGAUUUGGCAUACCUUUGUCAAGCUUCAUCACUGUUGCUUGUGCACUCAUGUUGUGUGUGAUAAUCCUGCUACUCAUCUCUACAUUUCUGACAUUUAUGUCCAGUACUGGAAAAAAAAGCAUCUAAUGGUGUAAGUGCCACCUGAAAAUAAACUGUGUAAAUAUUCUCAAAAGUCAGAUUUUAGUAUUUUUGUAGCAUAACAUGUAUGAAACAUACAGCUUGUUUUAACUGUGCAAUGAUGAAUCCCUGUGUCGGAGAACACGUGGUACCCUGUGUUUGUCUGAUCAGUUUUCAAUACCUGUGUCUAAAACUUGAACGUACAUACUUUAGAUGCUUUUGCUUUCUGAUUAGCAGCAUGCAGACCCACUUUUUAUUGCCAUGAAUCUGUAUGCUAGCCUGGUAAGUCUUGCACAAUAAACUCAGUCAAACCAA